CACUGUGAUAAAGCAUUCUUCAUUAAGCGCGACUUUGUCGACCACGUGGCCGCGCACCAAGGUCAGAAGAAGCACGGCUGCCCCGUCUGCAAGCAGAAGUUCACCAAGAAAGCAGACUUGACCCGGCAUCGCUUCGUCCAUUUGAGCGGCGAGGAGCGCGUCGAAGUGAGGCGGGGGUGGCGCCUCGCCUGCUACUUUUGCAAAAAACGGUUCCAAGAUUCAUCUCAUCUCGAGUGUCAUCUUGUGACCCACACAAAGGAAAAGAUUGGCGGGAGGUGCCCCACUUGUCGAAAAACGUUCUGCUCCAAACAAGCCCUUACCCAUCACGGUUUCCUCCACCUCUCCGCCGACGAAAAGGUCGCCCUCGUGGAGCAGCGUGUAAGUCGAGUUUGCCUAUUUUGCCAUAAAAUUUUCUCCAACAGCCGCACUUAUCAUGGGCACGUGGUCACCCACACGAAGGAGAAAGCCUUUUCCUGCGACCAGUGCGGGGAGCAGUUCAGCUUGAAAGGUAACUUAACCAAGCACGCGCGCAUUCACAGCGCGGAUCCGCGACCAUUCAAGUGCACCCAAUGCGAUCAAGCCUUGACUACAAAAGACUCCCUUGUAGUCCACAAGAAGACGGUUCACCGGAAGUUGAAGGACUUCGUGUGCCUCCAGUGCGGCAAGAAGUUCGGGAGGAAGAGUGACAUGGUGCGACAUGUGAACAGCGUUCAUGCCAAAAUCUGGCACCCUUGCCCCCACUGCGGGCUGACAUUUUCGAGGACAGACCAUCUUGGGAGACAUUUGAAGAAGCUCCACCCCCCAGAAUAAAGUCGAAAACUGACCCCUCACCAAAUUGCGACACGUUUCCCAUACUUUAUUCAUUUUAAAAUUUGUUUUUUUAUCUGUUUAACUAUUUCUGACACGAUAAUUAUUCCCACCCGUUUGAUAAAAAUAGCAUUAUUACGUUGUAAACAUGACAUACUUUUUGUUACCUUUUUGACCAUGACGAUUUUUAAGUAGUAAUAAAUAAGCCAUUUCAUUUUAUAUAUAAAAAAA